UUGGUUAAUAUUGGGAUCGUAAAAAAUAAAAAUAUAUUGUAUGUGAAGGUCGCUAGGCGACUUUCUAUAUAAUAUUUUGGAAGAAAAGUGUAACAGCCCUCCAUAUUAUUCAAAAUAGUAUAAUUUUCUUGUGAUAUCCCGACGGAAAAGUGUUUUCCAAAACACAAAAAUGGCAGCCAAAGUCUAUCUUUAAAUAGACCCGACGUUUGUAUGUUUUCUUUCCGUAAGUCUUCUAUAUUCGUAAGAAACAUGUGGAAAUGUGGAACUCGCCGCUUCAGAGACACCGUAGAGAGAGGAGCAAAUCAGUAUGAUAAGUGCAGUUCGGCGGGAAUCAAUCCUCCGUGGUGCGAGUUUUUUGCAAAGUUCGAUAAGAAGGAAAGACACAACGAAUCGCCUUGUUGUUGGUUCAAUCCACGGAAGUGCUGGAAUUCAUUUUACAAAGAGAACGAUACAAAUCAAAAACGAUGGAACUUCGAACAUCUGAAUCGCACUUGGAUCGGUGCCAUUGCAUGGAGCAGUGCACUUGUGUUCUCAUGGUACACGAGUCAUCUCAUCCAUCUUAACGUCAAGAAGAAUCGCAAGGACAAGAAGAAGUAUUGUGUACCCAAAAUACACAACAUAUUAGAUUCCUUGCCUGCACAAUACUCAAAGAAAUCUGUGCUCAACUUGAAUUUGAGUUCUCAAAUAGAAAAGUUUCUUGGGGGUUCGCAAGUGUAUGCUGUGUCUAAUGACAGUAGCGAUGAUAGGUCAGAGGCCCACACCAGUAGCGGAGUUUGGACCAGCCACAGUGGAUCAAUUGAUGACGACUUGGGUCAAGUACUCAACUCUAUUGAGAAUCAACUGGGGUUAUCCGAAAUUGAAAAUGGAAAUUACGAUAAUGGCUUGAGCUUAUUGAGAUCUGCAGCUAGUCGCAAUCACGCUCCAGCCAUCUACAACUUGGCAUUGUGUUAUGAGAUGGGACGAGGGGUGCCCGUUGAUGAGAAAAUAGCCAUGGGGCUAUACCGUACCGCUGCGUCAAUGCACCACGCUGGCGCACUAUUCAACCUGGGAGUUUACUACGGCCAGGGGCGGGGAGGCCUACCCCGUGACCACGUGACAGCAAAGCGUCUCCUCAAACUGGCAGCGGUGCAGGGACAGGAGGAAGCAGUUAAAGCCAUCAAGCUGCUCGACCCGGACACAGGAAAUAAGUCACCAGACAGCGCAGUCGACUCAAUAAUAAAUGACAAGAAGGAUGCACCGACUGUCUCAUCGCUUUUCAUCCAAAACUUGCAACUGCAAAAUUUUAAUUACGAACCGAUAGUGUUUUAAUUAUUUUUAAAACACACGCAUUUAUG